CUCAACACAAAAUCAAAAAAAAAAGAGAAAAAGAAAAAAAAUCCCAAUGAGCUUCAUCUUUCUAUUGGCCUCUCUUUCAAUAUUGGGUUGGUCAUGGAGCUGCCAUGCUGACAUGAUAGCUGACAUUUGUUCCCAAUCACACACAAUUAGCCCGGUCACGUGCGCCCGAACUCUGAGAUCGGACCCACGCUCCCGUGGGGCAUAUCUCAACACUUUGGGUCAAAUCGCAAUCAAGAAAGCUAAAGUCGCGGUAAAAAAUACCGCGACUGUGGCCAAGUCGGUGACGAACCUCAACAACAUGGGUGCGGUUAGUGUGUGCGUGAGAGUGUGCAGCAGCGCCAUCGACGACUUAAACACUAUAGCUGAAAUGCUCAAGCAUUCCGACAAAAGCCACAAAAAUGAUAUACCGAUCACACUUUCGGCGGCCGCAACGUUUGUCGAAACCUGCGACGAUACGUUCGCGGAGAACUUGGGCGGUGAGCCGGCUGAGGUGAAGGAAGCCAGCACAAUUGCUCAAGGUCUCAUCCUUGUUGUUCUCAUCAUUGCAGGCAUGUUACCCUAGAAGGAAUUCAAGACUUGAUCAGUAUACCGUUGCUGAAUGGUUUAUGAUAUGAUUAUGGUGCUCGUCUGUUUGAUUAUUUGUCUUGAAAUUAUGUUGAC